GAGAGAGAGGGAAAGACAGGCGUCAUUUAGAAACAGAGGUAGGGUGAAAGAAAGAGCUCCAGGAUCUAAAACCAACCAUCUAGUACAGUAUUUUUAUAGCUUUUCUUUUCCCCAGGGGAGAGCCCUGUCCUGUCAUUUUAUUGACAAACGUGUUGUUACAGGCUCUUUUCCCAGAAGUUGACCGAAGAAGCUCAAGCGUUUCUUCCCUCCCAAGCGGAGUGGUUUCCCUGGUAAUGGAUUGCUUCUCUCCAAGGGACGCCUUCCACCCUGGUGAGACCCCCUAGGUUUAGUGUGUGAAACCAGCUAGGAGACGCUGCUGUAAAAAUGACUGAAGAGCCAAUAAAGGAGAUCCUGGGAACCCCAAAGUCUCCCAAGCCAGUGACAAUGGAGAAGAGCCCCAACGGUGAAGUGAUAGUCACCAUGGUCCCCCUGGUCAGUGAGAUUCAGCUGACAGCAGCUACGGGGGGUGCUGAGCUUUCCUGUUACCGCUGCAUCAUCCCCUUCGCCGUGGUGGUCCUCAUCGCUGGGAUAGUGGUCACUGCUGUGGCUUACAGCUUCAAUUCCCACGGCUCCAUCAUCUCCAUCUUAGGCCUGGUCCUUCUGUCAUCAGGACUUUUUUUGUUAGCCUCCAGCGCCUUGUGCUGGAAGGUGAGACAGAGGAGCAAGAAAGCCAAGAGAAGGGAGAGUCAGACGGCUCUUGUGGCAAAUCAGAGAAGCUUGUUUGCUUAGGACUGAAUGAGACCAAACGGGAUACGUGGCCUGAAAAACCUGCUCACACUGUGUGAGCCAGUGCACCCAGAACGGGUGGGAGAGAAUGGACUUGGCAUCACAGUGGGCUAGAGGAGUGAGGGCGGAUGGACGAUGGGCGGGUAGAGGGAGUUCUCUUUUGUGGGGAACAACUUGAGUCUUCUUCAAUGACAAACUUAACUCUAAGGGCUAUUUUUAAGGCUGAAAAAUCAGCUUUUUCUCUACAUUAAACAUUUUUGGGGUCAUGGGAGGUGCGCAGCUUUAGGCAACAUUUGGUUCACCUUGAAAAGUAGCUGAGAAAAUAAUCAGACAGUUCUGCACACCACCGACCUGCCUCCGAAAGAACCCACACUUUUAAGAUGCUGUAUCAUAAAAAUGUUCUGCCAAGAGUCUAAAUGGCCUUGGACUUUGCAUACUUCUAUGAAAUUCUGUGAUAAUUUUUUUUUUCCCAAUAAGCUGGUUCUGUGGCAUCUGUUUUUUCACUUUCAGUAAUUCAUCACUGGUGGUACUUUUUCUUGAAGAGUAAACUAAUAUUUUUUAUGUUUUAACAUUGGACAGUUUUAGAUGAUUGUAAUGAUGUGUCAGAAGUAAAAAAAAAAGGUAAAAGAUGUAGCUACUAGAUGACACGGGGGGGUUAAAUUAAUAUUAAAGUAACCCAAUAUAGCACUUUUGAUGACUUUUAUAUAAAAGUUUAAUGUACAUUUCAUUAAAAAUAAUAAAUACUCAUUGCUGCUGAAACUUCUUAAAA